CGGCGGUUUCCCGGACGUUUCGCUCACCUACAGGCUACAUCGCGAUCGAGGCAAGACUUGACUCUGACGUCACCUACUGACGUUAUCCCAAAGCCAGGACCCAGGAGUCUCUCGGCCCCAACCCAACCCCGAGCAGCCGGACAGCAUGGCCAGUCCGACGAAACCCGCCGCCUCUGAUCCCCACCGCGCCGAUCCCGCGUCGCCGCCGCCGGCCACUCCGCGGCGCGACCGCCGCCGCCCUUGGUCCACCCUGGCGAUCCUCGCCGGCCUCCCCGUCAACCUCGCGCUCUGCGUCCGCCGCGUCGGCGGCGGGGAGGACCGCGGCGCGCUCGCCUUCGUCGGAUUCUCCCACCUCAACCUGCUCCUCCUCUUCGGCGCCAUCCGCCGCUUCGAGGCCUCCCCGGCCGACGGGUCCCCGGCGCGCGGCCGUGCCAGGCUCGCCGUGUGGCUGCUGACGGCGACGCUCACGGCGGCCUUCACGUGGCGGAUCGGCGAGAUGGUGCCCCUGCGCUUUGCCGCCGCGGCGUGGGUCGGGGCGGCCGCCACCGUCCUGGGAGGAUUCUACAUGCUGUUCCUCCAUGGCGACAAGUGAUCUGUAUAUCUGAUCAUGCGAUCGAGAGCAACCUAUCGGAUGGACUCAAACUUAAUAGCAUAGAUGGGGUAAGGAUAUACCCUGCGUGCCUGCCAGACGCAACCUAAAGCCUGUGCAACUGCAACAUAAAUAAGGAGUGAAACCUACUAUAUAUGAUAAUCACUGUUACCUGAUCUGAUGUCGAUCUAGUGCAGUUCGUCGAUC